AUGAGCACAAUUGUACGACUCAUUGACGAUGGAGCACCUGUCAUGCAGAAAAACGCGGAAGGGGAAACUCCAUUACACAUUGCGUCGAGGAAUGGUUAUGUUGCUGGUGUUGAGGCUCUGGUUCGUUACGUGAAAGAUAUAAAUGCGCCUACAUCCCACGAAUGGACGGCAUUGCAACUGGCGGCUCGGUACGGACAUGAGGAAGUUAUCGUUAUAUUUCUUCAAAAUGGUGCAGAUCCUGAUAUUCGUGGUUUUCACGGUUGGACUGCCUUGCAUUAUGCUAUGCGAACUGGACAUCGAAAAGCGGUUGAGUUGUUGAUAGGCGCUGGUGCACGCAUUGAUAUUCUGGAUAAUGACCAAAAAAGCCCCACCUAUCUAGCACGAACAGCUGGACAGCGUGAAAUAUUGGAAAUUUUCAAUACAGCUGGUUGCCUGUACGAUAUAUGA